AUUUUAGAAGAUCUUGCAUAGCACAUUACAUGAUCCAGUCUAUGUUUGAAAAUGGAAUCACAUUUUUUGACUUGUAACGAUUUUGUGAUGGCUUCCGUAAUGCAUCACAAAUGAACUUACACGUUCAUGUUCAUUAAUGUAUAGUUGGUAAACCUUGUCUGUUGACUCAAAAACCAGAGAUUUAGUGCUUGAUCUAAACUGAGUUAAUGAUUAAGUGAAACCUAGUUGACCUAAUUAGUUUUUUUAUGAUUUAGUUGACCCGGUAUAAACUCGACCAAAUCAACAUCAAGAAAAAAAAAACUCAUUUUAAUAAAAAUAAUUACUCGAAUUAAAUCUUGCCCUAGUCAUUCACAUAAAAAAUAUAUAUUAAAACUCAUUUUAAUAAAAAUAAUUACUCGAAUUAAACUGCAGUUUCUCAGUGUUCUCAGCAUUGCAAUGGUUGAUUCAUUGUGGUUGACAAUCCUUGAUGCUUUGUCCCAUAUCAUUCAAGGUCGCAAGGAGAGGCUAUGGUAUUGGAAAUAUAUAUUGAAGGGUUAUCAGGCAUUCACUCAGGCAUGUGGAGCUGUGGAACCUUUGAACUCUUUUCUAGCAUCGCUUUGCAAAUUCACAAUCAAUCCUCCAAAUGAAGCAGAAAAGAGGAGUUCCCGAAUCAUAUUCCUCCAACUCUCAAGAAGAAAAGCAAUGUCUCUUGAGCUCAACAUAUGUUGCAAGUGAUUCUAGUGGCAGUGCUGCCAUGACGGUUCGAAGCAAUAACAACAAACCCACUGGGAAUUUUAGUGGAUUAUCGACAAGUACAAGAGGUCUGGGCGGUUAGACGGGUCAUAUGGGUCACAAGAUAUCUGAUCGCAAGAAAAAUCCCCAAAAUAUUUCAAUAGAGGACGCUGAUUUAACCAAGACAGGCGUCGUUCUAACUCUGAAAAAGGACGCCCUUGCUGUUCCUAUUGUGGAGAAGCAGGCCAUUAAGUCCAACUUGUUAUAAGGUGCAUGGAUAUUCAACAAGCCACCCAAAAGCAAGGUAUGAUUCAAGCCCAAGACGUUUCAGCAACAAUAAUAAGCAUGCAGCUAAUCAUGUGUCCAAAGACUUCUCUAAAAGAGAUGGACAACUAGUUGUUGGGAUUUCGAAGGCUCAAUUAAAACAGCUAUUAUCACUUUUUAACAACAAAAAUGAAGGAUCUGGCUCUCAAGCAAAUGUUGUAACCAAUCAAGGAUCUGGCUUCGGGGAGGAUGAUUGGUUUUGGUAAACAACAUGACAGACUAUAUUAUUUGGUGGCACUAGUGACGAAGAAAUUCAUGAUCAACUAUUCCUCACCCACAAACCGAUCGGCCUGCAAUCUCACCAUCUCAUCCAUCGAGCUAUGGUUGUGUAGGAAAAAUGGAGGACAAUUGUGCAAUUAAGAAAGAUGUCACUGAGUUAAUAGGAAAUACGCCGAUGGUAUAUCUCAACAAUGUUGUGGAUGGCUGCGUAGCCCGAAUCGCUGCCAAGCUAGAAAUGAUGGAACCUCUUUCCAGUGUUAAAGACAGGAUUGGACAUAGCAUGAUCAAAGAUGCAGAAGAUAAGGGCCUUAUUACGCCAGGCAAGACUGUGCUCAUUGAGCCUACCGGUGGUAACACUGGCAUUGGAGUAGCAUUUAUUGCUGCAGUGAAGGGGUACAAGGCUAUCCUCGCAAUGCCAGCGACAAUGAGUCUUGAGAGAAGAAUUGUGCUGAGAGCUUUAGGAGCCGAGGUGUACCUCACAGAUCCAGCCAAGGGCUUUCAAGGGGUUCUUGACAAGGCUGUUGAGAUAUUAAAUAAUACUCCCGAUGGCUAUAUGCUUCGGCAAUUUGAAAAUCCUGCCAAUCCACAGAUCCAUUAUGAAACCACAGGCCCAGAAAUAUGGAAGGACUCGAGAGGGAAAGUCGAUGCAUUUGUUGCUGGUAUAGGGACCGGUGGUACAGUAACUGGAGCUGGGAAGUUCCUUAAAGAAAAAAAUCCAGAGAUUAAGGUGUACGGUGUAGAACCAACAGAAAGUCCAGUCUUGCAUGGAGGAAAACCCGGUUCACAUCAUAUCCAAGGAAUCGGUGCUGGUAUUGUCCCUCCUGUAUUGGAUGUUGACUUACUUGAUGAAGUUGUUCAAGUGUCAAGUGAGGAAGCCAUUGAAACUGCUAAACUGCUUGCCUUGAAUGAAGGUUUGCUGGUAGGGAUUUCAUCUGGUGCUGCAGCAGCCGCGGCAAUAAAGGUGGCAAAGAGGCCAGAAAAUGCUGGGAAACUCAUCGUCGUCAGUGUGAUCUUCCCCAGCGCUGGCGAGCGCUAUUUGUCUUCUGUGCUGUUUGAUUCCGUUAGGGAAGAGGCAGAAAAGAUGACAUACGAUACUUGAGAUGCUACACAAAUUUUGGAGAACACUAAUAAAUAAAGACAAAUGUUGUUAACAACGUGAGAUACAUGCUGUUGCUUCUAGAUCUACGUCUAAUCAAGGCCUAAGAUUGAAGGAUUUAAAUGCCAGAGACCAAGAUUGAGCACGUUGUCAAUUCAAUGGGUUUUCCCCUCGAAUUCUUGACUUUGAGUUCGAUUAGGGAAGCUUUUGGGAUUUUUUUGUUGCUUUACCUCUGUCUUUGGUCUUUUUUUUCUCUUCCAUUUAACACCUGAGGAAGUAAAAACCAUUUCCUUUUACUAUUUCGUCCUACAAUCUCAAAUGCACAAUCUUUGUGUUUUUGUGUAGGUUGCUCUGGUUUCUUCUUCAGGAAUGUGUUGCUGUUUGGUAUGCCCAUGCGUUAUAUUAAAUAUUGUUGUUGCAUCGCCUAUUUAUUUAUUUAUUUAUUGACCUUUAUUAUUGGAAAAAAUUUAUAGAACUAUAUGUAUUAAUAAGUGGAAGACAGUGUAGAUCAAGACAUUUAAUUUUAUUGGGAUAUUUAUCU